AUGUCGGAAACCAAAGAGUGGUCUGAAUUGGUUGGACAAACAUUUGAAGCAGCAUCUCAAAUAAUUUUACAAUUCGAUAGCAUCUUAAAUCCAUACAAUGCAAGGAAUGGAAUACAAAAUGAAAAGUUCGAUCCAAAUCAUGUCGUAUGUGUUACAAAUAAUGAUGAUAUUGUAAUUGAAGUUCCGUCUUAUACUUAUCCAUAA